CGUGCCGGUCCGACCGUACAGUUGCCGCCGAGCGCGAUCGUCCUAAGGACGCGAGACACGCGUCGAAUUUAAAGUCUCCAAAACUUUAAUAAAUAUUAGGUGCUUAAAUAUUAAUAACUUAAAAUUUAAUUAUUCUAUUUAAAGAAAAAAAUCUGUUUACAUAAUUAAGUGAAGUUUUAAGUAUCUACUGCUAUUUACGAACCUGAGUCUCGGUUCAUAUGAUAAUAAUAUUGUGAGGAUACGGCUAUCUUAAAAUUUGUUACAGUAUAAAAGCGAACCACAAUAUUCGAAACAAACAUUUUCUACGAAGAUAGAUGUCUAAGAUAUCAAAUAUUCUAAAAUGGAGUCAAAAGUGAAUUUAACCGAAAAGAAUCCUCAAGACAGAGUCAAUGUAUUCUCUAAAUUAUUUUUAACAUGGAGCUUCAGCCUAUUUAAACGAGGAUACAAACAGGGUCUGACAGUGAGUGAUCUGUGGCAAGCUCGUGAAGCAGACUCCUCAGGCCGACUUGGAGACAGAUUAGAAGAGGCAUGGGAGUACGAGAUAGAACAUGCGAAGAAGAAAGGGGGAGAUCCCUCCCUCUCGAAAGCCAUAGUCAGAUCCUUCUGGUUCGAAUACAUGUUUUGCGGUUUCCUGAAUGGAAUUUUGUUUAUUAUUGUUUGGCCCUUAGUUCCCUACACAUUAGCCAUCUUCAUAGAUUACUUUUCAAACGAAAAAACUCCUGAGGCUUACCGCGAGGCCCACAUAUACAAUUUCUUGAUGAAUCUAGUAAGCAUGACGUCAGCGUUCCUGAUGAACUACUUGCAGCUGCUUCAGGGUAGAGUCGGAAUGAGAGUCAGGAUAGCUUGCUGCUCGCUCAUGUAUAGAAAGAUUCUGAAACUGAACCAUAUAGGUUUGAGUAAUACAGAGCCGGGCCAAGUUAUUAACUUGAUGUCCAACGACGUGAGCCGCUUCGACCUGGUCACCAACUUCCUCCACUACUUGUGGGUCACACCUUGCGUAGUUCCUCUCGUCUCCUACUUGGUUUGGCAGCACGUUGGAUAUGCCACCCUCGCCGCUUUAACCCUUAUUUUCGUUCAAACGAUUUUCGUGCAAGUAACUUUGAGUAGCUACCAAGGGAAGCUUCGAGGCAAGAUCGCGAAACGUACCGACCAGAGAGUCAAGGUCAUGAGUGAACUGGUGAACGGUGUGCAAGUCAUUAAGAUGUACGCCUGGGAGAAACCCUUCGAGAAACUCGUUGACCAACUGAGAAAAUCGGAAGUCAGCUACAUUUUGAAGACGUCGUUUGUCAAAGGGUUCAGCUCAGCCCUCGCCGUCUUCACGGAGAGGUUUAUUCUGUUCGUCACGAUAACAACCUUUGUGUACAUCAACGGUGACGUCAGAGCACAGACAUCCUUCUCGUUGGUGCAAUACUUCAAUUUGCUGCAAUUGACUUGUAACAUUGCCUUCCCGAUGGGUCUUGCUUUCUUGGCAGAAACGAAAGUUUCCAUCAGACGUUUAGAGGAAUUUUUGUUGCUCGAAGAGAAAGAACCAGAACAACAAAAGUCGAAUAUUUUACUGGAUGCCUCCAGAUUGUCAUUGGCUAAUGGGAAAGAGAAAGAAGCAAAGAAAGUUAAGGAAAUCUCAAAACCGUCAGAACUUUCGAUUAAAAAUGUAACAGCUCGUUGGGUAGCAACCGAUGAUGCAUCGACUGCAUUGAGGAAUAUCACUCUGACAGCCACUCCUGGAGAAUUUGUUGGCGUAGCUGGACCGGUUGGCGCUGGCAAGUCUUCUCUGCUGCAUCUGAUUCUUGGAGAACUGAAAGAGACUUCGGGUACUGUGAACUUGGGUGGUUCGCGGAUAUCGUAUGCCAGUCAGGAACCCUGGUUAUUCGUUGGAACUGUUCGGGAAAACAUUCUGUUUGGAACACCCUACGACCGCAUUAGAUACAAGAAGGUUGUUAAAGCGUGUGCCUUGGUUAGGGACUUCGAACUGUUGCCUCAUGGAGAUUCUACUCUCGUAGGAGAAAGAGGCAUCAGUCUCAGUGGUGGCCAGCGAGCCAGAAUAGGAUUAGCAAGAGCAUGUUAUAGACCGGCCGAUAUUUACCUCCUCGAUGACCCCCUCUCCGCCGUAGACACUCACGUAGGAAAGCACAUAGUGUCAGAAUGCGUGAACGGAAUCCUAGACCAAUUCACAAGGAUUCUUGUCACCCACCAACUGCAUCACCUCAAGACCGCUGACAAAGUUAUCAUUCUGCGGAAGGGCGAGAUCGAAAUCCAAGGGCCGUUCGACGAAGUAUCUCAUACACCACUGUUCUCUGAACUAUUGCAAGAUGAAAACGAAGAUAAACUUGUUCCCGUGGACCACGUGAAGAUGAUGAGAAGUGUUUCCAUUAUGUCGAAAGCCAGCACCACAGCUGGGGAAGUCGAGCAACCAAUUGACGAAGAAGAAAUCGAAGAGAUGGCUGGAACAGGACGAGUUCCCGGUAAAGUGUACGGCCAAUAUUUCAAAGCGGGUGCUAGCUGGUGCUUGCUCUUCCUAACAUUUGCGGCCAUUAUAAUUGCCCAAGCCGUCACGUCUUUCAGUGAUCUAUGGCUGACUUACUGGAUGAACAACGUCGAGUCGGCGCUCAUGAAAGAAGCAGCUCUUGCAUCGAACGCUACCACUUUCAAUUCAACGUUAUCAGAAAACAACAUGACUCUCUACACGACAACCGAAGCACCAACGACAUUUACAACUUCAGCGACUACAUCUAUUGUUAACGGCACUUUGGGCUUAGUAAACGGCACUUUGAGCUUAGUAAACGACACUUUGAGCUCAGUAAACGAUACUUUCGCCGCUGUGAACGCUACAGUUGAUGAAGCCUUGUCAGUGGACGGAGGUUUCUAUUUCGACCACACGUUCUACGUCUACAUAUGGGCUAUUGCGAUUUUCAGCUGCAUCAUCUUCACAAGUGGCAGGUCCUUCAUGUUCCUAUGGGUGUGCAUGAAGAGUUCUAUCAACCUACACAACCAGAUGUUCAGCAAUAUAUUAGGGGCAACCAUGAGGUUCUUCGAUACCAACCCCUCAGGUCGCAUCCUUAACAGAUUCUCAAAGGACAUGGGCGUAGUCGACGAGAUCUUACCGAAAAUGUACAUCGAUACUAUUCAGAUUUUCAUGGUGAUGGUUGGUAUUCUAGUGAUGGUGGCUAUCGUCAACCCCCUGAUGUUGGUAACCACCUUCGUCUGCGGAGCUUUGAUAUACUUCUGGGCCCUUGUCUACUUGAGCACCGCCCAAGGUAUUAAAAGAGUUGAGGGAAUUACCCGUAGUCCCGUAUUUUCUCACGUAACGGCUACGAUGUCUGGUUUGAGCACCGUACGCGCCUUCCAAUCUGAGGAACUGUUGAAGAUCCAUUUCGAUGACAAACAAGAUGUUCACUCUGCUGCAUGGUACUUGACACUAGUCACCAACACCACCUUCACGAUCUGGUUGAGUUUCGUCUGUACUUUAUACAUCAUAGUUGUCGCAUACACAUUCUUGCUCAUGGACGACGGUACCACACAAUCCGGAAACGUUGGUCUAGCCUUGAGUCAGGGUCUGAUCCUCGUGAACAUGGUGCAAUACGGAGUGAAACAAGCGACUGAAGUAGUCUCACAGAUGACUAGUGUAGAGCGAGUUACUCAGUUCACAUCGUUGCCUCAAGAGAAGACUGAAGGACCCAGCCCACCUAGCAACUGGCCCCAGAAGGGCCGUAUUGCGUUCAAGGACCUCACGCUCAGAUAUGAUGAAGGAGCAGCACCUGUACUCAAGAGACUGAACAUUGAUAUCGAAAGUGGAUGGAAAGUUGGAGUAGUUGGACGCACUGGCGCUGGAAAGUCCUCUCUGAUCUCAGCACUCUUCCGCUUGGCACCAAUUGAAGGCCAAGUGCACAUUGACGAAGUAGAGACGGGAGAGAUCGCACUCAAAGAGUUGCGAGCGAAGAUUUCAAUUAUCCCACAAGAACCAGUGCUGUUUUCAGCUACCUUGCGAUACAACAUGGAUCCGUUUGACAAACACACUGAUGACGAAAUCUGGAAGGCAUUGGAACAGGUGGAGUUAAAGAACAACGUGACGUCACUACAGUCGCCCGUCGCUUCAGGCGGUACGAACUUCAGUGCUGGACAGAGACAACUGCUCUGCCUCGCUCGCGCCGCACUCGCACGCAACAAGUUGCUUGUUCUCGACGAGGCUACUGCUAACGUUGAUCCUACAACGGAUGCUUUGAUCCAGAGGUCUAUUCGUAAACACUUCGCUGAAUGCACAGUGAUAACCGUCGCUCAUCGUCUGCACACCGUCGCCGACUCAGAUAAUGUAGUUGUGAUGGAAGCAGGCGAGAUCGUAGAAAGUGGGCAUCCACAUGAGUUGUUGCAAGACAGCGAAGGUCACUUCUCGAAGAUGGUGAAGCAGCUUGGUCCAGCAUCAGAACAGAGUCUCCGCGACCUGGCGAGCAAGGCUUACUCCGAACAUAAUAUUAAGAAGGCUAUGAAGGAAUGAUUUAGAAAUUUCUUCGGCGGGAAAGAAUUUAGGGGGCGAGAUCAAGACGAGACGAAGAUAAACUAGUCGGUGAUUAAGGCAAUGGUUUAAAAGGCAACCAUCCGUUUUGCCCCACUUACUAGUUAGUAGCUUUUUGGAAGAUCCCUCGUGGUACGAUUUCGAUUGGCCAGGAAAGAGCUCUACCACCUUAAGGUUGAAAAUCCUUUGCGCGUCAUAGACCAACAGACUUGAUAUUCCCUAGCAAAGAUAUUCUGACAGUUAAUAAUGUCAACCUUAUAGCUAUAUUACUCAUACAUAGAAUACUCCUGGUAGACAUCUUUCUUGGCUGAUCUACGAUAUGUACGUGUUCAUUUUGUAGAGUCCAUUUAUAACGUGAACGAUGAAAAUGGUUUUUAUUUAUAAUAGAUUUAAGUUUAAAAGUAAAUCGUACUCCAAAAUGUUACUCUACAAAACUGAAUUGUUGUUAGAAUAAAAUAAUUUUAUUUCUCAGAUGACGAAAACAGUAUAAUUUGCUGGUCAUCUUAAUUUUAUGAAUCGUCAUUAAAUUAAGAAGCUAUACAAUCGGGAUUCGAUUAAAAAAGUACAAAUUAGUCGCCAAUCAAUCCCAUUUUUUUUUAAAUCUACCUUAUACUAAUUCGUGGUUUUUUAGUCCCAUUCCGAAUUGUAGUUCUGUAGCAAUAGUUUAUUUAUUUAUUAUGAAACAUUCGAUAAAACAAGCAUUUACAUAAGUAAUAGAUAAGAUGUAAUAGUUUUAAGCUUAAACCAAAGUAUUAAUUAUACAUAAUAUAGGCCAAAGCAAAACCUAGCAUAGUUAGGUUUAGUUCAGUCGGCAACUAAAUCGAUCGGAGUUACAGAGUACGAGGCUUUAUCAGGAAUUUAUUCAGGAAUUGGUUUAAUAGUAUGUUUUUGGGCGAUUCUCAGAAAAAAAAUACACAAGUUAAAGACUUCAUUAUCCUCACUAAAUGGUUAAAUAACUGUAGUGUUUGUUUAAUUGUAUUUAUGUUUAAUUAAUCUAUUAAAGAAGUCGUACUGUAAGAGCUUAGACACGGAUUAACAUCUAAUUAAACAAUUUUCAGUAUUAAAAGUGUGGUGAGGAUAAUGAAAACCUUAAAUUGUGUUACUUUUUUCCUGAGAAUCACCCUUUUACCAUACCUACUAGGUGUCAAGAGUAACACAACAGAAAAUUAUUAAAUUUAAUUGUAAACAGUUGUGAUACAAAUCUGAUUGUAUUAAACGACUUUUGUUGCUAAGACACAUCAUUUACUUUUUUAACUGUUUUUUUAUAAUUACCUCCAAUAUUAUGGUCACAAUCAUUAUAGUUAAGUUUCAUUAUUUAUAUUCAUUUAAUUGUUCGGAUAAGUUACAGGUCUUUUGCCUAGCAUGUGUGUGUGAAUUGCUAC